UCCUAGACAGACUAUUUACUGAGAUAUGAAAACUCCUAGACAGACCAUUUACUGAGAUAUGAAAACUCCUAGACAGACCAUUUACUGAGAUAUGAAAACUCUUAGACAGACCAUUUACUGAGAUAUGAAAACUCCUAGACAGACCAUUUACUGAGAUAUGAAAACUCUUAGACAGACCAUUUACUGAGAUAUGAAAACUCUUAGACAGACCAUUUACUGAGAUAUGAAGACUCCUAGACAGACCAUUUACUGAGAUAUGAAAACUCUUAGACAGACCAUUUACUGAGAUAUGAAAACUCCUAGACAGACCAUUUACUGAGAUAUGAAAACUCCUAGACAGACCAUUUACUGAGAUAUGAAAACUCCUAGACAGACCAUUUACUGAGAUAUGAAAACUCCUAGACAGACCAUUUACUGAGAUAUGAAAACUCCUAGACAGACCAUUUACUGAGAUAUGAAAACUCCUAGACAGACCAUUUACUGAGAUAUGAAAACUCCUAGACAGACCAUUUACUGAGAUAUGAAGACUCCUAGACAGACCAUUUACGGAGAUAUGAAAACUCCUAGACAGACCAUUUACUGAGAUAUGAAGACUCCUAGACAGACCAAUUACUGAGAUAUGAAAACUCCUAGACAGACCAUUUACUGAGAUAUGAAAACUCUUAGACAGUCUCUGUGGCCUCAUCACUACUGACUUGUAGUGCCUGGUCUCAUCGCUCACCAUGACCCAAACCGGCCAGGCCGAGGAGUGAGACAGCCAUGUCUGAUUCUACCUUGUUCAGAGCCACCAGAAUACUCUGCAGAAGUUUAUCUAGUGACAUGGAGGAGUCUGAGGCCAAGGGCAAAGGAGGAGCUGUCCCCAUGAGGAAGAGUUCAGACAGGAGGGGUUCUGACUGGGGAAGCAUCGCCAUGCUGGAUAAGACCAAGGAAUUCUUCCAGACCUGCGAUGUGGAGGGCAAAGGCUUCAUCACACGCACCGAUAUGAGGAGGCUUCACAGAGAACUACCCCUCACUGCUGAAGAACUGGAGAAUGUCUUUGACUCCCUAGAUACCGACCAGAACGGCUACCUCACCCUCGAAGUGUUCUCAUCAGGAUUCAGUCAGUUCCUGCACGGCCGGAGGAUCUCUGUAGGCGAGGACGCAGCACCCGCCCUCCCCACUUCGAGGAAGCCCUCAGAAGCCAUAUACCAGAGCCAAUGGGAUGAGAGGUUGACUGGAGGGUGGGAGGAUGAGGAGGAGAGUCACUUCUGUAUGCUGCUGGAGAGCCUAGGGGCCAGCAACGUGUUCCAGGAUCCAGGCGAGGUGCGCAGCUUGUGGGCCCAGCUGAGGAGGGAUGAGCCUCACCUCCUGUCAAACUUUGAGGAGUUCCUGGCCAGAGUCACCUUCCAGAUCAAAGAGGCCAAAGAGGAGAGGAGGGAGAUGGAGAGCGCCCUCCAGAGGAAAGCAGCCACACACGACAGUGAGAUCCGCGGUCUGUAUGAAGAAAUGGAGCAACAAAUGAAAAGCGAGAAGGACCGGCUGCUCCUCCAGGACUCGGAGCGUCUCCAGUCUCGUAGUCACGACCUGGAGCACCAGCUGUCCAGUAAGGAGAGAGAGCUUGAGCAGCUCUUCCAGAAACAGAGGAGGUUGGAUCUCCAGUGUCGCGACCUGAGCAGUGAGCAGCAGGAGAGCCGGGUGGAGAAUGUCAAGCUGAAGAUGACCAACGAGGAACUGAGCAGAGAGCUGGAGAGCACCUGUCAGGAACUGUCCUUGGCCCAGGAACAACUGACCAUGCUGCAGGACCAGGCUUCCCGCCUGCACCAGGGAAGAGAGAUGGAAAUGUACCGAGUCACUGAGGGACUACAGAGAGAGAAACAGAGCCUGAUGAAACAACUAGACCUUCUCAGUUUGUCCUCCUUGCAAUAUCUAUCCAGAGAGAUGAACAAACAUUUAAAAGAUGAGCGAGACAUAUACUGUGCUGUGAACCCCAGGAACUCCCUCAAACAGAAGCAGAGAGCAGGCUUGGUCAAUCUGUUUGCGGACACCAGCCAGCAGCCGGUUAAAAGCGAGGACGAUGUUGACACCGCUUGUCCACCACGUUCGCCGAAAACCAACUAUGGCCUGGCCAACGGCUACCACGACUCGAACACCUCGUCUCCAACACAAGUGGUUGAGGUGGAGGCGCAGGGGGUGAGGGUGAAGGAGAGGCUCUCCAAGUUCGAGUCAGAGAAGACCCUCGCCCCCACCCAGAACGAAAGGGACAGGCAUACAGAGUACCAGAGUAAACCGGAGGUUGGGGGUGACGGGCUGGACGGUCCCCAUGAUGGGUGGCCUCUCCGUCGGGUUAUCUCCAUCGAGGAGGACCACCUCCCCCACCUGCUUCAUGGAGGGCCCCAGCCCCUGCUGCACCAGCUCAGUGAGAAAGACGACGAGGAGGAAGAGGAGCAAGAGAAGGAAGAUCUGGAGAGUAGUAUCCUCUUAGCCCCUGUUCCUCUACCCGUCCCGGUCACGACAGUGUCCCCCUUCAAACACCGAGGUAGUUUCAGCAGAAUCAGAAAUAUCCCCUCGUCACCUCGAGGACAGCCCGUCGGCAAGGAGACCCAAAAUAGGGUGAAGGAGAGGGCCGUGCCUGCCCCGGACCGCCUGUUUAAGGUGGUUCUGGUGGGCAACUCCAGCGUGGGCAAGACGUCCCUGCUGCGCACCUUCUGUGACGGCCGCUUCCACCCCUCCAUCCCCGCUACUGUGGGUAUUGACUACAGUGUGAAGACUCUAAUGCUGGACAACACCCAGGUAGCCAUGCAGCUGUGGGACACGGCCGGGCAGGAGAGGUACCGCAGCAUCACCAAGCAGUUCUUCCGUAAGGCAGACGGCGUGGUGGUCAUGUACGACGUGACGUUGCUGGACAGCUUCAAGGCCGUGCGACCCUGGCUCAUCAACGUACAGGAAGCUGCGGGAGUGGGCAUUCCCAUCCUGCUCCUGGGCAACAAGAUGGAUGCGACGUCCGAGAGGGAGGUACCACUUAAAGAUGCAGAGACUCUGGCCCACGACACCCGUGUGAUAUUCUAUGAGGUCAGUGCUUACACCGGCUACAACGUGACAGAGGCCAUGAUCCACCUGGCCAGAGUGCUGAAAGAGCAGGAGGAUCGGGUGAGAGACACGUUUGUCUUAUUGGAGGCCCUGCCCAUCAAGAAGAAAGCCUGCUGCAAGUAAAGACACUCUGACAGAAUAGAGAGCGAGAGCGAGCAUUUGGAAUGGCUGGAGACUCCUGAUAACAAGUGAAGGAACUCUUCAAUCUAACUCUUUCUCUGUGCUCUCGGAGCCAAAUCCUAACUUUGUGUACAUUUGUUAAUCAAUGUCUCAAAUUAGGACGGCUCUUCUUUCAGUACCUGUUUUGUUAAAGGCAAAAGAGCCCAGUUGAGCUGGAUCAUAGUGGAUUUAGCUCUAGUCUACAUUACAACCCGUUUUCUGUGUUCUUAUUUGGACCUGCUGACUGUUAUGAGCAAUAGACAUGUGUUCUACUGUAGAACUAAUGGUAUAUUUUGUCAAUUUAUAGUGGAUCAAUCAUUUCAAUGUCUAGAAUGAAUGUUUUUCUUUAGUUGUGAUUUGUUGUUAAUAAAAACACAGAAUGGAUAUGUAAA